AUGCCUAGUUUCGAUCGACUUCUCCAGGAGGGCGAGGUCGACUUGGCAUGGGAGCUCCUCUCUUGGAAGGGUGAGCUUGCGCUUGGGGCCGAGAUUCCGGAUCGUUACCACCACCGGGGCUUGUGCUGGGACCCGGUCGCCAAGAAUACGGCUCAGAGCAAGGCAGGACGGGCUGGACAUGAAUCCAGACACCUUCGGCUUCUCAGGCGGCUACGUGGACAGCUCUUUCAGUUGCGGGCCCAGCCUCACUGCCCACAACUUCGGAAUAGAGCAUCGCAGUCGGUCGCCAAGCUGCGGGAGUUCAACCCAGGGCUCCCUUACAUUGACUUGAGUCACUACAACGAGAAUGCGGAGUGGAUUGAGGAGCUCUACACUAACCAAGCCGCCCGGGAGAAGCGCGACCGCAUCAACACCUGGAGACAGGACAUGGCGGCCUCGCAUAAGAGCACGGUGUCUUGGAUUCGUAGGGCGGCCGCGACGGCCCUUGCUUUGGAGCAGGCCCCGCCCGAGGUUCAGCGAUCCACUUCUGCAGUGCAUCCGGCUCGGCUUCUGCAACAGCAUAGCCACAUUUGGACUACCAAGUGGGCGGCCCCUGAGAGGCCCCUCGAUACUGUUGCUUUAGACAGGCUCCUGGCGUCGCUCCCUCCUCGGCCGGAGCACGAUGGCUCUCUCUCCUUCACUCCUGAAAUUCUGAUUGCAGCUACCAGGCGCAUGCGAGGCAAGUCCCCCGGGCCGGAUCAGUGGACACCGGAACUUCUGCUCCGGCUUCCGGCGAAGUGGUGGGCUGCUUUGGCCAACCUUUGGCAACACAUCUGGCAACACGGUCAGGUUCCUCAGACUUGGCGCCGCUCCAUUGUGGUGCUCUUGGAGAAGCCCAACAACGAGUGUAGACCGAUCUCCUUGUGCAGUGUGCUUUGGAGGCUGGGGGCCCGCGCCAUCAACAAACAGCUUCGAGGAUGGAUCUCUGAUUGGCUGGGUCAUGAAGCCCUUGGAGCCGCCCCCGGCAGGGGCACCCAGGACGCACACGCCAGAAUCUUGAUUGCCAGGGCUGCGGGCCACCGGCACUAUGUGAAGCAGGACAUCUCGGCUUUCUUUGAUUCGCUACAGGUCCCGGCACUUUGCAUGUUGCUUCAAAGACUUGGCGCUCCCUCUCAGUUGCAAAGAUUGAUCUCUGCCUUUUACCAGCACUCUCUUCGUUUGUUCAAGCAUGAUCGCUACUUUGCUGCAUCUUGGGUGAAAGCAGGGAAAGGCAUCAUGCAGGGCUGCCCGCUAAGCCCGACAUUGGCACUAAUGGUGAGCCACUUCUGGGCGAAAGCCUGUCUUUCAGAUGGAUGCCGUGGCCUGAUGUUCAUCGACGACAGGGUCUUCUGGCCUAGUGCUCAGGGCCCUCGCAUUGCCACGGAACUGCAGCUCGCUCUUCAGAAAAGCAUGCAUUUUGAUUCGGUCUGGGGCUUCACUUGCAAGCCGAGUAAGUGUGCCAUGGUCCAGCCUGAUGGAUCGCGCGUCCUGGACCAGCUGGCCGCCGUCUUUCAAUAUGGUCGAGAGACUUGCUUGGAGUUCUUGGGCCUCACCUUUUCAAUGCAGGAUUCCACGGUGUCGUUGCUCAAGUUCAAGUUUCGGCUUCUGCAGUUGCGGCUUCGCUACCUGAGAGCAAUGAGGUUGCCCAUGCGGGCUGCCUUUCUGGUUCUGCAGGCCUUGAUCUACUCGACGAUGACGUGGGCUGCCGGUGUGGCCCUCCCUGAGGAGGGCCAACUUCGAGACCUGAAGCUUGAUAUCAGGGUCACUCUGCAGGCUUUCUUUACCAAUGAGGCGCCCUCUACGUUGAUUCACGCGGCCCACGGCUUCCACUGGGACCCUUUCUGGCUGGUGGCCUGGCGAUCUUUGCAGACCGCUCUUCGGAUGUGUAACAGGCCAGGCCUCUGGAGGGAUACUGCUGGUUUGGAUGAGGCGACGGCCCCAUGGUACAUCGCGGUGCCAAAAGCCGUCCACACGCUUAGCGACUUAGACUGGCACUUGUCACCGGAUGGCAAGCAGAUCUGGCGACGUGAUGAUCAAGGCCGUACCCGGCAUUUCUGGAUAGGUUGUGAGUCCCCUCGGAUUCUUCAGGCAUGGCUUCGUGAAGAAUUCCAGCACCGGCAAGUGCACGCGUGUGGUCGGGUCAAGCGCAACUACCACCGCACGGAGGAGGAUCUCGCUACUGGUUUAGUGCUCCCUGCCCCGGGUGCUCAGGUGCGAUACGCUUUUCGAGGCCACGCUGCCCUUGCCCACCACGAUUCUCUGGAUGUGAGGCGGGCUGCUGUCGGCACCGGGGCGACUGCAUGGUAUCAUCGAUGCCGCCUGCGACUAGCCAAGGAUGCUGUGAUCACCUGCAUGUGUGGCAAGCUUACUCCGAGCCGGCCACAUGUUCUCUGGACUUGUGAGGCCACUCAUCUUGCUCGUGCAGGACUCUCGCCGCCAGCUGAUCGAGUGCAAGAGCGGCUUUUCGGCUACCGCAUUCUUGAGUUCCCGGCGAGCCCCCCGGCAUUUGACAUGGACGACUUCUAUGAGGAGAUCGGCGACUACGUGACCGCGGGCCUUCGGGAUCAGAGUUCGCUCUGGCUCGCGACUGACGGUAGCUCGAAGGACGAUGUCGGUGCUGCUGCCAUCGUGGGCUCCGCCUUUGAGCUGGCCACUGGCGACUCGCUCGAGGAUCAAUGCGCCUUUCGCUAUGAGCUCAUGGCAUUGCUUUGGCUCCUGCGGGGCCUCUGGAGGCAUUGCGCUGCCUGCUCUGGCACUCUCCAUGUUCUGUGUGAUUGCCAAGCUGCGAUCGCGGUGCUGGACCGACCCGCGGGCUCGGACUACGAGGUGAUGGCGGCUGAGGCUGCCUCUCUUCUGCAGCGUCUACGAGGUCGGGGCCUUGAGUUUCGACUCCACUGGAUCCCUUCGCACGACAAAAAGCCGCAGUGGGUCCCACCUGAUGGAAUCCAGGGCCCUCGUGCCCGUGCACUGAAUGCCAAGGCGGAUGCUGCGGCGAAUGCUUGUCGCAACCGCCGGAGCAAUGGAUCGGCUCGUGUCGCUUGGCACCGGGCUUUGCGUCAGGCUACGGACUGGGAAACUUCGACCAUCCUGGCGGUGGCCAAGGUCUCUGCGAUGCUCUCGGAGCACAUCCAAUCUGAACAUGGCCUGAGUGCUGAUGGCGAACCCAGAGAGGCGGCUGCUGCUGGAGGUUGA